UUUGUCCGGCAAACUAACGAGCCCAACAAGUACUUUUUAUUUUUCUCUGUGUCGGCCCUAAAACAUUUCAUCGACCCGAAUCAGAACCACCCUAAAAUCGAGCAAAGCUCAGCACAGCUCCGGCAACGAUCGGCGCUCCGGCGACGGCAAUAGUAGGUUGUGUUACUUUCUGUUUUUCCAGAGUUACUAUGCUGGAAAACUUCAAGUACUGGUCCAGUUACAGCCCACAGUGAAUAGAUAGACGUGCAGGUACAGAAGAGAGAUAGGGAGAAACAUGGAUAUGGAGAAUGAGGAUCAUUAUGUGGACAUGGAUAGAGAUGCUUUAUUUAAUGACCAUCUAGUGGUGGGGACUGAUAAUUAUGCAGAAAAUUCUCUAUCAGCCGAUUCAGCCCAGGAUGUGGUUGGGUUUGCCGUGCCUAAUAUAGGCAUGGAGUUUAAAUCUGAAGAUGCUGCCAAGACUUUUUAUGAUGAAUAUGCAAGGCGUGUGGGCUUUAGUACCCGUGUCAGUCAGUUUCGCUUUUGUGAUCCUGAUGGUAAAACAAAUGCGUUGGAGUUUUUAUGUGCAAGGGAGGGAAUAAAAAAGAAAAAUUCUGAAAGCUGCUACGCUAUGCUAAGGAUUGAAAGAAAGUACCCAGACAUGUGGGUUGUUUCAAGAUUUGUAAAGGAGCAUAGCCACUCUACUGUGGCUCCCAGAAAGGUGCAUCAUCUUCGAACUCGUACACCCUUUCCUGAUGGGACAAAGGCCAUGGAGCAACCCUACAGUGGUCCUGUGGGUCAAUCUUUGCAUGUUCCGGUGGAUGGAAAACCGAAAUCUAUUGAAAGGAAUCGUGUGAAUCCUCGGGCUAAAACCGUUGUUUCCAAAAGUUCUGGGAAACAAACCCACAAAGCAAGGACACUUGGAAAUGCUCAGAAUCUCUUAGAUUAUUUUAAGAAGAUGCAAGCUGAGCAUCCUGGCUUCUAUUAUGCGGUACAACUUAAUGGGGCUGGUUGCAUGACUAAUGUUUUUUGGGCUGAUGCAAGGUCAAGAACAGCUUACAGACACUUUGGCGAUGCAGUUACUUUUGACACAACAUAUAUAAAUAGCAACUACGAGGUGCCAUUAGCUUCAUUUACCGGCAUGAACCAUCAUGGUCAGAUUGUGUUGUUUGGAUGUGGUCUAGUUGUAGAUGAUUCAGAAUCAUCAUUUACUUGGCUUUUUAGGACUUGGCUUGCUGCAAUGAAUGACCAGCCACCACUUUCUAUUACAACUGAUAGUGAUAAAGUUGUCCGGUCAGCUGUUCCUAAGGUGUUUCCCCGUACCUGUCAUCGAAUCUGUCACUGGCGCUUCCUGAGAGAAGGGCAAAGAAGGUUCGAUCGUUUGUAUAAUACUCAUCCUACUUUUCAAGGAGAUCUAUAUAACUGCAUUAAUAUGAGUGAGACAGUAGAAGAGUUCGAAUCAUUAUGGAGCUUCCUCAUAGAUAAACACCAUCUAAUGAAAAAUGAUUGGCUUCAAGGAUUGUACGAUACUCGCGAACUCUGGGUCCCUGUGUAUUUUCGGGGUACCUUUUUUGCUUCAAUUCCGGCAGACCAAGGGAGUGAAGCUGCUGGCUCCUUCUUUGAUGGAUAUGUAGAUGAAGAUACUACCUUACCGGUGUUCUUUAGACAGUAUGAAAGGGCUUUACAGCGAAGUUUCGAAAAGGAGAUAGAAGCAGAUCUUGAUACAAUGCGCACCUCACCAGUCUUGAAGACACCCUCCCCUAUGGAGAAACAGGCAGCAAACCUUUAUACCCGGAGACUAUUCGUGAAAUUCCAAGAAGAAUUAGUUGAAACUUUUGCCUAUACUGCAAAUAAAGAAUAUGACGAUGGAUCGUUUAGCACAUACAGAGUUGCAAAAUUCGAGGAUCAACAAAAGGCAUAUAUGGUCUCGUUGCACAUUCCUGAGACGAGAGCAACCUGCAGCUGCCAGUUGUUUGAAUACUCCGGCAUUCUUUGUAGACAUGUAUUGACAGUUUUCACAAUGACAAAUGUUUUUACUCUGCCAUCCCAUUACAUUAAUAAGCGAUGGACAAGGCAUGCAAAAAGCGGGCCUGGCGCAGACUAUAGAGGGGUUGAAGUGCAAGGUGCCCAGUAUUUUACUUCACGCUACAAUAGUCUGUGUCAAGAAGCUAUGAGAUAUGCAGAGGAAGGGGCAGUAGCUGUAGAAACUUACAAUGUGGCAAUUAAUGCCAUCAGAGAGGGUGGGAAGAAGGUUGCUGUCGCAAUGAAAGAUGCUGCAAGAGUUGCACCUAAGUCUCAGGUCCUUGGAAGCCAGGAAGAUGGCAACAAGGAUAUCCAUUUUCCGGAGUCCGAUAUGACUUCACUGCUGUGGCCCAAUCUGAAAGUAAAACCUCAGCUGCCUUUCUAUUGUCCAGAUACGACACAUUUGCCAUGGAUGUCUCAUCAGAAAGAAGCAGCACAUCACUCAAACCAUAAGAAUGCUGGUGUUCAUACACCUGCUUCUGGAAAAAAUAUUCCUCGCUUGGCCCCUCUAUCCUUUCAACAGGAUGAUGGCCCUCCAGACACAACGGUUCUUCCCUGUCUGAGGUCCAUGACGUGGUUCAUGGAAAACAAGGACCUAAUGCCAGCCAAACGAGUUGCUGUGAUCUAUUUCAAGCUUCAAGAUUAUAGCAAGGGUAGCUCAAGUGAUAAAGAGGUGAAGUUUCAACUCUCUAAGGUCACACUGGAGCCCAUGCUCAGAUCAAUGGCAUCCAUUAGUGAGCAGUUAGCACCACCGGGUAACCAGGUCGCUGUUAUGAAUUUGAAGCUUCAAGAUUCCGGGGCCAUUUCCGGGGAAACAGAGGUGAAAUUUCAAGUCUCUAGAGAUACUCUUGGAGCCAUUCUGAGAUCUAUGGCCUAUAUUCGCGAGCAACUUUUGAGCACUGUAAGUGGACAAAUCUUUGUACAUUUACAAUGGUUUAGAGUGUUUUUGGAACUUGGGUUGGUUUUGUUCAAGCCAUGGCCACUUGCUGGAGACAUAUGGUAAUGGAUACAUUAAAGAAGAUUAAGUACAAGUGUUGACAGAGGGAACUUAUAAUAUAUACAAAAGAAUCAAGGCUAGGGCCCAGUAACUCUGACACAGUAUGAGAGAAAUAUAUGAAAGUGUCAUUUCUGGCACUGCAUGUUUUAUAAAACAUCAUUUUAUCCCACAAAUAGAGUGAUAAAAAAGUAUGAUUCUUGUUGUUCAUCUUUGCACAUAUUCUUCUCUUUUAGGUUUGAGAGGUCCAACACUAGAUUUGCACUGACACUUGGCAUACCAGUUCAUGUAGUACAUGGUGCAAAGUGUGCUCAACUGAUCUCAAGAGCAGGCCAAUCAGAGAAUUUUCUAGUAUUGAUUUUUGAGCUAUUGGUCCCUCACCAAUACAUGAGAAUUGAUCAUUUAUCUAACUUCUUAAUAACCAUUCUGAAAAUUUAUAGAGGGUCACUUCAAAUCCUUGCAUGGUUGGCCAAUUUUAUUUACUAUUCUUAAGAUCAUUAUGAGACAAUAGGCAGCACUAGAUGACAUGGUUACAAUAUGUGUGUGUGACACACACACACACACAGAGGCGACCGAUAUAGCGCUGCAAUGGAAAUUUGCAGUCAUUCAGCAUUACGUGAUGGUAUCGCUGUCACGUAAUGGUCGUCCGACAAAAAACACAACUUUGUUUGGUUCUCUUGGAAAUGUUUCGUCAUCCAUGUUUUUUCAGCUUUGGUGAUUUUUUAUCAAAAUUUUUCCUUAUUUUUUACUUUUUGGAUGUAUAUAGAGUACCUCUAUUCAAAAAGUAAAAGAGUUUGUUAAAAUGUAAAAAAAAAAAAUUUGACUAAAGACGAAAAAUACACAAACCUAUAGAACUUUUUUAUCUCAAAACUGAAAACCAACCAAAGUGUUUUUCAAGAAGCAAUUAUUUUCGAGGCAAACUCCAAUAUUGAAAGGCAAGACAAAUUAUUCUCCUGGGAAUAGUACAAAAAUACAAUGUAUAUAGGAUUAAGUAUAGUUGUAUAAGUGUACAGGAAAUAGAGAAAAUUUGCCAAACACCAUUUCAACCCCAACAUAUUUGAUUCUGAAAUAAAGACACAGAUAUCAUUAUUUAUUCUAGUUUGUGUGAAAUUCUAAGAAAAUAUCACACCGCCAGUUACUGCUACCAUGACUAUACACUUUAUACCCUUAAUCCGCGUCAUCAUGAUCGCUAUUGUUGCUAUUACUUCCAAGGAAUUUUAAAACCUUGCCUCUGAUACAUCUCCCUAAAACCUAAGAUUUUGGGUUGAUGGAGAUCAGUCUUGGGUACCCACAAACACCCUUUACUUAUAUUUGAUAUAUUCAUGCUGAUGGUGUUUAUAUUUCUCAAAAAAAAUUAAAAGAAAGGAUAAUAAAUUUUGGUUUUCUCAUUGUUAAGUGUCCACUUGAAUCUUUGAAAAGAACUAUUUAUGGAGAAUUUACUAGCACUAGAUUUUUGUAGGUUUUAUAUCUUAUAAGGUUGACAUUGUACGUCGAAAACAUUACAUAAAGAAUAUGGCCAUGUUUCAUUAAUCAUUGAACUACUCAGUUUAACAUGAAUCUGCGAAUUUGUCAUGAUCAACUGCGAAUUUCUUCAUUAAUCCGAGAGCAUAGAAGAUGUUGCUCUGAACCUGCUAAUCUGCGGACUGGACAACAAUUCGCCUCCGUUGGAUGCCUUGUCUGUUCACAUGUUGGACUUUGAUGAUUGCCAGAAAUUCAUUAUAUUAAAAUGUCGAUGCUUUCAGGUUAGGCUGAAAGCAUUAGCUACGGUUAUGGUUUUUUUUUUUUUUUUUUUAAUCCGAGCUACGGUUAUGGUGACUAAGUUGAUUAUUUGGUUGAUUGCACUUUUAGAUCCUUGAAACCAAGCAUCUAAAUGCAGUACCGAUUAUGGUUCCGAUUUUGUUAUUGGUACCUGUCUAAUUUUUUAUAUCGUUUCAAAUUUAUUGUUGUAGAAUUAUAUAUACAUCUUACUUGUAUAAUAAAAAGUUGAAAACAUCUUUUAAAAAUACGUACUUAAGUAUCCUAUAAAACUGGCAAUCAUGAUGACUUGAAGAUCAUAUAUUCAUGCAACUGGGUUUUAAGAUACUAUAGCUCGGAGUAUGUUCAAGUGGUCUCUCUUACCAUUGUUUUGUCAUUUUAGUAAUAACCUUUUGCACUUUUAUUCUGAGAGAUUAUGUCAUUGCCAAGUUUGUUUAGUAGGAUUCAUAGGGGUUUUGCUUUCCCAUAGGUCAUCUAUAGUGGCUCCAUAGUAUGUAAGAAUGUAUGCCUUCGUAGUUUUAUGGCCAUUUUGGUAAAUGGCACAUGCAAGAAAGCAAUCCCGCACUGCUGCUUCCCUUGUUUUUCUCCAAAUUGCAUUUUGAUCUUCGUGGAUAAUGGACAGGACUAAUAAAUCCAAAAGUACAUUGCAUAUAACUAGUUCUAUGGUGUCUUAAGGUUACAGAAAACUUGCACUUUUGCUACAGCAUUAGGUUGUGGGAUUUUCAGAUAGAAUGGUGCAAGAAAUAGAGUUAUCAGGAAAUGCUUGUACCUUAGCGACUAUCACUUGGUUACAGAAGGCCAAAAGCACAGUGCAUGUGAAAACAAUGGAUUGGCCAUUUCUUGUUGGCAUCCUCUUUUAUGCAAAUUGAUUUCCAAACUCCGUGCUGCUUCAAAUUACACUGAUUGAGAUAACGGGUUUUAACUGUUUUAGAAGUAAUUCCCAUCGUUUAUCGUCCCCUUUAGAUACACGUGUCUUCCUUCAGCAUGAUGGAUACAACUUGAUAUCAUACCUGACGUACGUAAAAUAUCCACGAGUGUCAGAAAUAUUAGUAUUCUAGAUUUGACUAUUAGAUGACAUGCUUUUGGUUAAUUGUGUUUCAAGCGUAGCACUAUGUAUUGCAUAAGUUGAUCAUUGCAGAAUACUUCUAAAGUUUUCCGAAAGACUGUCAAUUUUGAUUCAGUGUACAUACCAAGUCCAGGUAAUUAUGUUCCCAGAUGCAAAGUGUUAAGUGUGUGUAUUUUUGCCCACUUAAACCAAGUUUUGAAUGCUUCACUUCUUGGUGUGGGAUUUCUUUCACCUUGUUUUACCAUUUUACCUUGGCAGUCCCUUUUAGCAAAUCAG